AUGACAUUCAAACUUCUGGCGCUUAUUGUUUUGGUCACGAUUGUCGAAUCGGUCAGUACAGUUGGUAUUUUUGAGCAAUGUGCUGGUGCACCAUUGAAUCCUACAUUUCAAAGAUGUGAUCCAGGCUUAGUUUGCUACGCAAGAUCUCCCUUUUAUGCAAAUUGUCAACUACCCAAUAACUGUCCUUCAUCCUGGGCAUGUACGGUUGUCGAGAGUGCAUCAACCGUUAUUUCAACUCCGAGAACCAUUCUUGCCAAUCAACCAUGCAAUACUCAAAGCUAUACAGUAUGUGCAUUUGGAACAACCUGUUUGCAACGGACUCCUACCGAGUCUGAAUGUCGCUCUCAGUGUCAAGCUGGAUGGGAAUGUGAUAGAGCAGUUGCUAAGGAGUUCGAACAGUGCGGAGGUGAAGGAUAUUUUGGUGUGACUCGUUGUGCAGCUGGUCUUAAUUGUUACACUCGUAGUAGAUGGUAUGCUCACUGCGCAGUGAGAUGCCCUGGCAGUAACUGGUCCUGUUAA